AUGGGAUCGUCGGGGGAGUGGCUGGAGACGGCGCUGAUGGAUCUGGCCGGGAGGAUUCAGGCGGGGCUGCAGCUCGAUCCCGACGUCGUCUCCGGUCUCGUCGCCUACUGCGAACUCGCCCCUCCGGAGGACGCCCGCGAGUACCUCACCGUAAUCACAACCCUCCCCCCUUCCCUCCGCUUACUCCUCUCUGUAUUUCUGUAUCUCUCCUAAGCGCACCUUCCUCACUGGCUGAUGACGCAUAGUCUUCUCCGCAUUCGCUGGGGUUUCCAGGAUUUCCUCCGAAUUUCCCAUCGACGGCAGCGUCCGAACACUUUGCUUGGAUUUCGGAAACUCCUCCGAUUGUUCUUCCUCCGCUGAUGAGACCGGGCAGUUUCCAUCCGUUCUUUCUCAAGAUAAUCCUUGUCCUGUAUCCCUCCAAAUCCACCAUCCGAUGGAGGAUAUCCGUCGAAAUGAGAUUUUAUGCGGGAUCAACGGAUGAUGUAACAAUUUUCUACCGUUUGGGCAGAAUUUAAAUGAUAAUCUGUCUUGAGGACUGAGAUGUGGGCGCUGUUGGGUUACAAGCUGAGGAGGAGGAGGAAGAAGAGUCCUACUGGACAUCAGACAGUAGUGCAGUUGAAUUUUUUCCUUUAGUCUCACGGAUUUCAAUGCGGCGUUCGAGUUGCUUAUAUAAUCUAUCUUAAUGAAUCUUGCCAUGAUUGGUAACUUUCUCGACAAUUCGCUGAUGAUAGCAGCUGUUUCCUGCCAGCAUUGGGCCAUUUAUAGCCGAUUAUCUGGAUAUUCCUACCGAUCACUGAAUGAAUCCUCUCUGAAUCUGUUUGAUCUGGACUGGGAUCAGUCAACCAUGCCAUCUGGGUCCAAGAAGAAAAUUUCCUUUCCUUCAAGAGUAGAGUAGGUACCCAUCUCCCACCAGAACGCAUCUUCUAAAAGUCCAAUAUGUUGACCAGGUGAGAGAACAGUCAACCCAGACUCUAUAAGAAAUGGGAAGAUGGUCUGGAAUGGCGAUUCUGACUCAGACGGCACCAGGCUCGUUAUAUUUGCUGAUUUUAAGGCAUUGCGACUUCUCGUGUGCAUCGAAUGGGAUCGGUUCAUUAUCUGCAAAAACGUUAUCGAAUAUUUUUUCCACAAUUAGGUACACGAUUGACUUCUGUGGACCAGGGUUCAUGGCAAGUCUUCAGAUUGUAAAUUGCCAAACGGAUCUUUCCGUUGACCGCCCUUUUCUGGUGGGGUUUUCCUCAAUAUCCCUUACAGUUGGUCAUCUGUUUUAAUCCGAUUCUGCAUCCUUCUUUCAUCAAUGCAUGAAGGAUGAAUCAAGAGGCCAUGAAUAAGAAUCCAGGGUCGAUCCUCUGUUUCCGCCGCCAUCGCCAUCUUCUUUGUCUCCUUCCCGUUCUCGUCGUCCUCUCCCUGUAAUCUUAGGAAAAAAUGUAUAUGUAUGUGUUUAUUGAUUUAUGCUGUGAUUUCAGUGAUCUCUUCAAUCGGUUGACUUAUUUCUCCUCGUUAUUUUCAGAAUAUCAUAGGCCCAGAAACCAGCCAGGACUUGGUCCGGGAGUACUUGCAGAGGAGAGGCUGCUACGUCGAACCCUCCACCGCCAGCUCGAGCUCGCAGCCUUCUUCCAGGCUGCAAGCGUACAUAAAACCCCCUGCGCACGAUGCGUUGACUAGUGGGCACAAGAAGCAGGUCAAAGCCCCGAGGGAGAGGCCAGCGUCCUCCGGUCAAAACCCCAAGGUUCAGGCCGAAUCCGCCCCCCAGGUAGUGGGGAAGGCCGCCGGUGGUGGGAACCCUAGAAGGAAGAAGGCCGGGAAGGUCGUCUCUCUGGCGGAGGCCUCGAGGGGAGCCAUCGUGUUCAAGCAGGGGAACCCUUGUUCCUGCCAAGCCCGCCGCCAUAGCCUGGUGGGCAACUGCUUGGCCUGCGGGAAGAUCGUCUGCGAGCAGGAGGGCGAGGGGCCCUGCAGCUUCUGCGGUGCCCUCGUGCUGCGGGAGGGGAGCUCCUACGCCGGGCUCGAGGGCGCGGGAGCGCCGGCGUCGAACGCUGAGGCGACCGCCGAGGCCUUCACCAAGAGGCUGGUGGAGUACGACAGGAACUCCGCAGCUCGCACCACCGUCAUCGACGACCAGAGCGACUACUACGAGUUCGAGGGGAAUUCAUGGCUGUCGAAAGAGGUUGGUUGGUGUUGACGGCGAGCUGUAUCUCUCUGGUUUAGGUUUUCUGUUCCGACAUUUCUGGUUCUGAGAUGGGUUCUUUCAUCGCUCUGUGCUUAGGAGAAGGAUCUUCUGGCCCAGAAGCUGAAGGAGCAGGAAGAAGAAGAGGAGCGGCGGAAAAAGAAGGUCGUCAUGACCUUCGACCUCGUCGGCCGCAAGGUUAGAUUCGAACCCUCCCCCCCUUCUCCCGUUCUCAUGCAGUCAGUCUGGUUGAAUCGCCGGAGCUCCGAUGGCCGGCCGUCUUCUUCCUCCUCCAGGUGCUGGUGAACGAAGACGCGCCGCCGGAGUUGGGGUCGGAGCACAGGAUACUGAGGCCACUGGAGAACAGGGAGUCUCAUCGGAUAACGCCCAACCCGGCGGCGAGGUUGCAGCCCAUCUUCGUGGACGCGGCGGCGGCGGCGGCUCCCCCUCGGAGAGUCCCGGAGAAUAGGGGGAAGCAGAGGCCGAGGUUGACCAAGGGCUUGUGUCUGGAGAUCAGCGGGCGGGUGCAGCACAGCUCCAGCGACUUGCAGAGGCCCGCCGUCGCCGGCGGAUCCUCCGGCAGAGCUCCCGACAGCCGCGACGAGAACGCCGCCGACAGGUCUCACGAUUAUGACUGA